CAUUUAAAGUCAAUAUUAUUCCAGUACGAAAUCCGUAAGGUUAGUACGAUGCGGAUUGUACAUUUGAUUGUGGUCUGCAUAAAUAUAUAGUUUGAAGUUUGAAUCGGCCGUGAUAACGGGGUAUAAGAGACUGAGUAGCCUUGAGUGUUCUUAGUUUAUUGUUUUGUUGCUUGUGAGUGGUGCUUCUGGAAGAUGAAUGGACUUUUCGUUGGGGCGAUGAUAAUUUUCGGGUGUACGUGUGGACAGGAGAGUUUUUCAAACUCCACCUCCACGCCGCCCCCGCCCAAGCCCGCCCCCUCGCCGCAACUCACCCCAGCCGAAAGCCUCACUAUAAACGAGACCGACCUCAUCACCACCAACUCCGUCGACGACUCGGCGCCAAUUUUCAACACCACCAUAACCCCACUUUACGAAACGUCAACACAGACGACCUUGAGCGACGCUACUGUUACUACCACCACACUGCCUCCGGCUACGAAAACCCCUAUAAACAACGACUGCCCCAUUCUCAACCCCAAUAUGAGUUCUUGGACCCAAGACCAAUUAACGUCUGUGUUGACACACGCUUGUAAUUAUGACAAGUUGAGCAGGCCGCCAACUGAAGCAGGAAAACCCCUUCCGGUGCAUAUGCAGAUAGAUUUGACACAUAUAGAGUCUGCUGAGCAGUUGCAAUUUAAAGCCCAUAUGUUGGUACAGUACUUGUAUAAAGACAGGAGACUGAAGUACUCGCAUGUGUUACCCAAUCGGGGGAGUCUGGUGGGUGAGGAGUUGUUAAGGACGAAGAUAUGGGUGCCGCAUAUCAUGGUACGGAAUGAACGGGAUACUAAGAUAAUGGGGAUAGAUGGGAAGGAUGUGUUUGUGUCGAUUAGUCCCAGUGGAGACGUGGUGUACUCGUAUAGAUUAACGGCGACUUUUUAUUGUUGGAUGGACCUACACAAAUUCCCGUUUGAUUCACAGGAUUGUUUCUUGAGGUGGAAUAGUUGGACUUAUAAUACUACCAACCUGCGGCUGCACUGGGACGAAGACACCCCGGUGAAAGUCGCCAGUAAUCUCCAUUUAACUGAGUUCGUUAUCAGCGAUAGGUCAACCGAAGAACGCACAGUUCCUGCCUCAUUUACUAAAGGAGCUUUCGUUGGCAACUUCAGCGAGCUGGUUUUCAAGUUCAAACUUUCGCGCGAAGUGGGCUACUACAUCAUGGACUAUUUUCUUCCGUCUAUUCUUUUAGUGUGCACCUCCUGGGUGACUUUUUGGUUGCAAGCGGAUGCAUCCGCCCCCAGAGUCACCCUAGGCACGUCCACUAUGUUAGCCUUCAUCACCCUCAACGGCGGCGUCAACAAAAACCUCCCCAAGGUCUCCUACAUCAAAGCUAGCGAAAUCUGGUUCUUAGCCUGUGCGUGCUUCAUUUUCUUGUCAAUGGCGGAGUUCGCCUUCGUCAACGUCAUCUGGCGGCGCAAAAAAAAAGUCGAGCUGAAGAAACACAGCGGUAAGCACAUCCUCAAAGGCGCCUUGACUCCAAGUCUAGCCCGAAAACAACUCCGUAAAGCCGAGUCCAUCAACAGUUUGCACAAGACGAGGUCGUGUUCGAGUUUGAACGGGAGCGACGACGGUAGCAACAAAGAGAACCAGAACUAUCUGACGGUUCAUAGUUUCCCGACGAACUUGAAGGUGCCGGUGAUUACGACACAGAGCGACGACGACUUGAUCGAUCGCGAAGACAGUGUUACCACCAUUCCCGUGCCCGAAAAUAAUAACGUUCAGGCGCCACAGAAGUGGCACACGAUGACGCCGCAGGAAGUGGCCAACUGGAUCGACAAGAAGUCGCGGAUCGUGUUUCCGAUUAGUUUCGUUAUUUUCAACAUUUUUUAUUGGACUUUUGUGUACGUUUUAUAGGAGUACGAGAAUUACGCGCUGGUUUUUGUUAAUUUGCUGUUCUAGUCUUGGACUCGUCUUGUCAUUUUUAUUUAUUGCUCAUGGUUGAGUGGCCAUUUUUCAUCGAAUGUAAGAAUAAAGUAAGGUUGGAUAAGGGUGU